UUUAUACUAAUAAAUAAUCGAAUCUUCAUUCUCAAGUCCACGAUGAACAAUUCGAGAAAAGAAAAACGCGUUUUAAGUUUUAACAGAAUACUUCUUAAGAAUAAUAAAAUAAAAACAGUGCUCAAAUUACUGAAUUAGUGUGAGGCCACCAACCACAGCCCAUCGAGUCCGCCGUGCUCCACUCCCACUCCGCCGCCGCAUCAUCAGCUCCUCCUCCCUACUCCGCUGCUCUCAAUUUUCUCCUGAUUCAACACCAAUUUCUCCUUUUCAAUGGGGAAAGGAGGGGGCUGUGUCCCUAGCAAGAAAAAGCUCCCCAUAGCCACCACCACCACCGAUGACGGCGACGACAUCCUCCCCGAAUCCACUCCGGCAGCCACCGAUAAACCCACCUCCGAAGACGCCGCCGCCUCAAAGGUUCUUCCGGAACCAACGAAUCGGAAGCUCAAGCUCUGGAUAGUGUUCUACUCGAUGUACGGCCACGUGGAGGGCCUGGCCCGCCGGAUGAAGGUGGGAGCCGACAGCGUGGACGGUGUCGAGGCCGUACUGUACCGGGUGCCGGAGACGCUUCCGGACGAUGUCCUCGACAAGAUGCGGGCGCCGCCCAAGGACGAUUCGAUCCCCAUGAUCGGGUCGGCCGGGGACCUGGCUGGUGCGGAUGGGUUCCUGUUCGGGUUCCCGACGAGGUACGGAUGUAUGGCUGCGCAGAUGAAGGCCUUCUUUGAUUCCACAGGGCAGCUGUGGAAGGAGCAGAAGCUCGCGGGCAAGCCGGCGGGGUUCUUUGUCAGCACGGGGACUCAAGGCGGCGGCCAAGAGACCACAGCGUGGACUGCUAUCACCCAACUAGCCCAUCAUGGCAUGUUGUUUGUUCCCAUUGGCUACACUUUUGGUGCUGGCAUGUUUAAAAUGGACUCGAUUAGAGGUGGUUCUCCGUACGGUGCUGGAGUCUUUGCAGGUGAUGGCACAAGAGAGGCAAGUGAAACCGAGCUAGCCCUUGCCGAGCAUCAGGGGCAGUACAUGGCUGCUAUACUCAAGCGGCUAGUUAUAAGCUGACCCCUACAUUCCAACUCAAUUAAUCCAUCUUUCUUUUUCGUUUUCUGCCCAUAUGGUGUUGGUUUGAAAUGUGUUGUUUCGAUAUUUUCCUUGCCCCUUCACAAUUACAAACAAAGAAUAAUACUAUGUGUCUUUAUUUAUUUUUUAUUUUUAUUUUUUGUUUGGGUUCUAUCUAUACUUAUUGUUCAUCAGGAUGUCAAUAACUGCUUUAAUGUAUUGUCUCCUUCGCGAUAAUAUAUGUGAAAGGAAAAAAAGAUCCACUGUAAUAAGAUCUUGGGAAAAUUGAGGAGAAAAUUUUGAGGAGAAAAUUUUGAGGCUUGAUUGAAGCUGCCAUCUCCUGGAAGAGUUGA